GAUCAUUUCGGCUUGAAUUUGACGGCGAAGUGUUGUAGAAACUGUCUCCUUGAAUACUGGAAGGGGACUGGGGGGAGAUUCAAGGGCUCCCUGGGUGGAUUUGUGUCGCGGAGGGAUAUAGACCCACAGCUAACUGGAUUUGAUUUAUAAGAGGGAAAUCUACAGUCAAUGGCCACUCUCACCACAGUGCUACUAUGGAAAACAGAAUGGUCAAUAAGAUAUGGUCUGAUAAAUAGUGAUGAUUGAAGAUGCUGCUUCACUACGUGUGAAAUCAAUGGGAGAUACUUGCUGCACGAAGAAUGCUCUGAGCUUUUCUUGACAAGCUCACCUUCGAGAAAUCGGAGGCCUAAUUCACCAUUAUAUAGCCUUUCUCAAGUGGAUAUAAACACAUUUGCCUCAUUGUAACCGGACAACUAGACAACUAAUGUGGGAUCAUGGCACUGCCCAGAUGCAUGUGGUCAAAUUAUGUUUGGAGAGCCAUGAUGGCAUGCUUGGUACACAGGGGAUUGGGUGCCUCAUUGACUCUCUGUCUGUUGGGAUGUUUGCUUCAGACUGCUCAUGUGCUCUCACAAAAAUUGGAUGACCUGGACCCACUGGUGACUACCAACUUCGGCAAGAUCAGAGGAAUUAAGAAAGAACUCAAUAAUGAAAUUUUGGGGCCUGUUAUUCAGUUUCUUGGGGUUCCAUAUGCAGCCCCACCAACUGGAGAACAUCGUUUUCAGCCUCCAGAACCACCAUCUCCCUGGUCAGAUAUCAGGAAUGCCACUCAAUUUGCUCCUGUAUGUCCCCAGAAUAUCAUUGAUGGCAGAUUGCCAGAAGUCAUGCUUCCUGUGUGGUUUACUAAUAACUUGGAUGUGGUUUCAUCAUAUGUACAAGACCAGAGUGAAGACUGCCUAUAUUUAAACAUAUAUGUCCCAACUGAGGAUGUAAAAAGAAUAUCCAAGGAAUGUGCCAGAAAACCCGGCAAGAAAAUAUGUAGAAAAGGAGGUCCCCUUACAAAGAAACAGACAGAUGAUUUAGGUGAUAAUGACGGUGCUGAAGAUGAAGAUAUUCGGGACAGUGGGGGUCCCAAACCAGUAAUGGUGUAUAUCCAUGGUGGCUCAUAUAUGGAAGGUACUGGAAACUUAUAUGAUGGGAGCGUCUUGGCAAGCUACGGCAAUGUGAUUGUCAUCACAGUCAACUAUCGACUUGGGGUACUUGGUUUCUUGAGUACAGGGGAUCAGGCUGCAAAAGGAAACUAUGGACUUCUUGAUCUCAUACAGGCUUUAAGAUGGACUAGUGAGAACAUUGGAUUCUUUGGUGGUGACCCCUUGAGAAUCACUGUUUUUGGAUCAGGCGCUGGGGGUUCAUGUGUCAAUCUGCUGACUUUAUCCCAUUAUUCUGAAGGUAACCGUUGGAGCAAUUCAACCAAAGGACUUUUUCAACGAGCAAUAGCUCAAAGUGGAACAGCUCUUUCCAGCUGGGCUGUUAGUUUCCAGCCUGCAAAGUAUGCUAGAAUGUUGGCCACCAAAGUUGGUUGCAAUGUUUCAGAUACAGUAGAGCUAGUGGAAUGCCUCCAGAAGAAGCCUUACAAAGAACUUGUUGAUCAAGAUAUUCAACCAGCCCGAUACCACAUAGCCUUUGGACCUGUGAUUGAUGGUGACGUAAUACCAGAUGACCCUCAGAUACUGAUGGAACAAGGAGAGUUUCUCAACUAUGAUAUAAUGUUAGGGGUUAACCAAGGGGAAGGAUUAAAAUUUGUUGAAAAUAUAGUAGAUAGUGAUGAUGGUAUAUCAGCUAGUGAUUUUGACUUUGCUGUUUCCAAUUUUGUUGAUAAUUUAUAUGGAUAUCCUGAAGGCAAAGAUGUUUUGAGAGAAACCAUUAAAUUCAUGUACACUGACUGGGCUGACCGCCAUAACCCCGAAACCAGAAGAAAGACAUUAUUGGCUUUGUUUACGGACCAUCAGUGGGUGGCACCAGCUGUAGCCACUGCAGAUCUUCAUUCAAACUUUGGUUCACCUACAUACUUCUAUGCCUUUUACCAUCAUUGCCAAACAGAUCAGGUUCCAGCUUGGGCUGAUGCAGCCCAUGGAGAUGAGGUUCCCUAUGUGUUGGGAAUCCCCAUGAUUGGUCCUACAGAGUUAUUUCCUUGCAAUUUCUCCAAAAAUGAUGUGAUGCUGAGUGCAGUUGUAAUGACAUAUUGGACAAAUUUUGCUAAAACUGGUGACCCAAAUCAACCAGUCCCUCAAGACACGAAGUUCAUCCACACCAAACCCAACCGCUUUGAAGAAGUAGCGUGGACCAGAUACUCUCAGAAAGACCAACUUUAUCUCCAUAUUGGAUUAAAACCAAGAGUUAAAGAGCAUUACAGAGCCAAUAAGGUGAAUCUCUGGUUGGAGCUGGUGCCUCAUCUGCAUAAUCUCAAUGACAUUUCUCAGUAUACCUCGACAACAACUAAAGUGCCAUCAACUGACAUCACUCUCAGACCUACGAGGAAAAAUUCCAUACCUGUCACAUCAGCCUUUCCCACUGCCAAGCAAGAUGACCCCAAACAACAACCAAGUCCAUUUUCAGUGGAUCAGAGGGACUAUUCAACAGAGCUAAGUGUCACUAUUGCAGUUGGAGCAUCCUUGCUGUUUCUGAAUAUCUUGGCCUUUGCAGCGUUGUACUACAAAAAGGAUAAGCGGAGACAUGAUGUUCACAGGAGAUGCAGCCCACAGCGCACCACCACCAAUGAUCUGACCCAUGCACAAGAAGAAGAAAUCAUGUCCCUCCAAAUGAAGCACACUGAUUUGGAUCAUGAAUGUGAGUCCAUCCAUCCACAUGAGGUGGUUCUUCGGACCGCCUGUCCCCCAGAUUACACACUAGCUAUGAGGAGGUCACCUGAUGAUGUUCCCUUAAUGACACCAAACACCAUUACAAUGAUUCCCAACACUAUACCAGGGAUUCAGCCCUUACACACAUUCAAUACAUUUACUGGAGGACAGAACAAUACACUGCCCCAUCCCCAUCCCCACCCCCAUUCACAUUCAACAACCAGGGUAUAG